CAAAGUUUAAUACACAACUUUUUGAUUUUUGAAAUUUCCACAGACCUUCAUCUUCGAUUUCUUGACAAACCUUUCACACCUCAGAAGUAGUUCAACCGUAGUUUAUCAGUUUGCAUGCAAAGUCAAUAUCAAGUCACUUGAUUUUCUCAGCGCCUUCGCUAUUUCACUCUUAAUUGAUUUGAUCUGGACAUCCAUAUCAUAUCUGCAGUAUUUUUGGUGUCAUGGAUUUUUUGGGGGAGACUUGAAACGGAUUUUGCCCUCUAACAGCCCCCUGAAGGUAAAUGUAGGUAUGCUGGUCAAUUUGUAAUUGAUCCCAAAUGUACUGUACUCCAUUUGUACAAUGGGUUAUUGUAUGGGUUAUUUCUUGUCUCCUUGUCUCAGGGGAAGUCAACCAUGUUCCUGGAGAUCCACAGGGUAUGCAGGAUUUGGCUUUAACCGCCUGGAAGACCAGGGCCCAGAUUCACAAAACACUUAUUUUAUUUUUUAACAAUUGUAAAUAUUAUUUCUCCACAUUGGUAGUUAGUCAUGUCGCUGCAACUCCCAUAUGGACUCGGGAGAGGCGUGCGUCCUCUGAAUCACAACCCAGCCAAGCAAGCAGCACCAAUGUGUCAGAGGAAACAACGUACACCUGGUGACUGUGUAAUUUUAGGUAGCUAUCUAGCUAGCAAUGGCAAUCAUGUUAGCAUAUUUCUUAAUGAGAUUACUGUUCUAAAACAUGUUCUUAGGUUUAAAAUAAUCAAUACUGAAACUUUCAGAUGAAGUUUGUGAGUGAAUUAAACAUGUUCAUUUGCUUUUAUGAGCUUUUUCUCUCACUGCCCUGAGUUUAAGACAAGGGUUUAGCUAUCUUGGAAAAAAUAAAAUUUCCAAUAAUUGGAUUUUCAAGAAUCAAAUUUCUUCUUAACUUUUUGCUUUAAGGAGAAACAUAAGAAAUAGCGCAAUACAUUUUCCAAUAACCUUUUUGAGGAAUAGCAACUUUGCUUAACUUUCUUCUCAAGUCUUUAGUUAAGGGGGAAAAUGGCAGUUAAAAAUAAAUGUAUUCUUAAGAAGGUUUUGUGAAUCUGGGCCCAGGUGUUUUGAAUUUAGUCAACCACUCCACUGAUCAAUUAGCUCAGUUGGUCAGUUAAGUGAUUGACUAAAUUCAUCACACCUGAUCUUUCAGGUCGGUUAAAGCUCCUGGCUCUCCAGGAACAGGGUUGCAUUCCCAUGGCCAAUCAACAAAGAGCUCAUUUUUUUCAGCACUAUAAAUUGAACAUGAGUGCAAUAAAUGUACACAUACAGUACCUUUUCAUGUUUGAAAAAGUGACAAUUUUGCUGUGUCUUCUAGGGAUCACAGACUGUGAUGUCUAUAACCAACUGCAUCUUAUCUCAAAGUCUCCUCCACUAUACUCUGUGGGUCUCAUGGGAAGACUGUACGAGGGACUCAUGUGGAUGAAGCUAUUACUAUUCACUACAUACUGUGCUAUUCAGGAGAUUGACUGUGGUGUAGGAGAUUUGUGUCGUUUGUUGUUUUAUGGCAACCCACACCUCUCACAUUGACAUGGAACUUACAAUUCAGGUCAUAUGCAUUGUUCUGACCAACUAGAUCUAAUUGUUGUUUUCGAUGCAAAACAUUCGGGACACUGAGGCUAGGCCCGUGAUGGUCUACAUCCAUGGAGGAUCAUACAUGGAGGGGACAGGGAAUAUGAUUGAUGGGAGUGUGCUGGCCAGCUAUGGGAAUGUCAUCGUCAUCACUCUCAACUACAGGGUCGGAGUACUAGGGUUCCUCAGUACAGGUGACCAGGCAGCUAAAGGGAACUAUGGACUCCUGGACCAGAUCCAAGCCCUGCGUUGGAUCAGCAAGAACAUUGGCUAUUUUGGAGGAGACCCGGGUCGCAUCACUGUCUUUGGAUCUGGGAUUGGAGCCUCCUGCGUCAGCCUGCUCACACUGUCCCACCACUCUGAGGGCCUGUUUCACAGAGCCAUCAUCCAGAGUGGCUCAGCCCUGUCCAGCUGGGCCGUCAACUACCAGCCUGUCAAGUACACCCGCAUGCUGGCUGAGAGGGUGGGCUGCAACGUGCUGGACACCCUGGACAUGGUGUCCUGCCUGCAGAAGAAGACUGCCAGAGAGCUGGUGGAGCAGGACAUCCAGCCAGCCCGCUACCAUGUAGCCUUCGGCCCCGUCAUUGAUGGUGACGUAAUCCCCGACGACCCCGAGAUCCUGAUGGAGCAGGGCGAGUUCCUCAACUAUGACAUCAUGCUGGGCGUUAACCAGGGGGAGGGACUGCGUUUCGUGGAGAAUGUGGUGGACCUGGAGGAUGGCGUGUCCGGCAGCGACUUUGACUUCGCCGUGUCGGACUUCGUGGACAGCUUGUAUGGCUACCCGGAGGGGAAGGACACUCUGAGGGAGACCAUCAAGUUCAUGUACACGGACUGGGCUGACAGGGACAACCCAGACACCAGGAGGAAGACGUUAGUCGCCCUGUUCACUGACCAUCAGUGGGUGGAGCCCUCGGUGGUGACGGCUGACCUGCACGCCCGCUACGGCUCGCCCACAUACUUCUACGCCUUCUACCACCACUGCCAGAGCCUGAUGAAGCCUGUGUGGUCGGACUCAGCCCACGGGGACGAGGUGCCCUAUGUGUUUGGCAUCCCCAUGGUGGGAGCCACUGACCUGUUCCCCUGCAACUUCUCCAGGAACGACAUCAUGCUCAGCGCUGUGGUGAUGACUUACUGGACCAACUUUGCCAAGAGUGGUGACCCCAACAAGCCAGUGCCCCAGGACACUAAGUUCAUCCAUACCAAGGCCAACCGCUUUGAGGAGGUGGCCUGGUCCAAGUACAACCCCCAUGACCAGCUGUACCUGCACAUCGGCCUGAAGCCUCGCAUCCGCGACCACUACCGCGCCACCAAGGUAGCCUUCUGGAAGCACCUGGUGCCCCACCUGUAUAACCUCCAUGACAUGUUCCAUUACACCUCCACCACCACCAAGGUACCUCCCCAGGACACCACCAACUCCAACGGCAAGAGAACCGGCACCACCAAGCGUCCGCCUGUCUCCACGGCCCACAGCAGUGAUGGGGAGGAGACGGGUCCUCUGAUCGUGGCUAACCCCAGAGAUUACUCUACUGAGCUGAGUGUCACCAUCGCUGUGGGUGCCUCGCUGCUGUUCCUCAAUGUGCUGGCCUUUGCAGCGCUCUACUACCGUAAGGACAAGCGCAGCCGGCAGGGUGGCCACGGUGGCCCCCACCAGGCCAGCCCCCAGCGGCAGAGCAACGGCAACGACGUGAGCCACACCACCACCGACGAGAGCCUGUCCCAUCAGAUGACCCAGUGCAGCCAGAUGAACCAGUGUGACACCCUGCAUGACCUCCACGACCUCCCUGACCUACACGACCCCCUGCACCUCUCCCCCAACAUGGACUACACCCUGACCCUGCGCCGCUCACCAGACGACAUCCCCCUGAUGACGCCAAACAACAUCACAAUGAUCCCCAACUCCCUGAUGGGCCUGCCCAACAUGCACCCCUACAGCACCUUCCCAGCCGGGUACAACUCCACUGUCCUGCCCCACUCCCACUCCACCACCCGGGUCUAGACCUAGCCUGGGACAGAAAAUAUACAGACCACAGUCGACAGAGAUUGUAGAGGUGAGCUGAGGGGCGAGCUGUGCUGUACAUUAAUUAAUACAAACAGUAGUUGGGUUGGGAUUAGUUUAUGUUCAUACUGCAAGAGCCAUGCAAAGCUUUUCCUGGUCAAAUGGUGCAGAAUCGCCGCCAAUAUACUACUGCCUCCUCUCCUCAUAGAGGGAGGUCUAUAAGCAGUGUCAUUUUUUUAAUCAUCAAUUUCAAGACUUGUGAGCUGGUUAAAAUGAGAAGUGCUUUUUAUUUCCCAUUGUCUUUUGAUGGUAACAUUUUUGGGAACUUUUUCUUGUACGACCUCAGCAUAAUGUUUGUACAGUUGGAUUUGUACGGGAAGCUUUUUUCUUCCUAUGAUAUCUGUUUUGAUCUUCUGUUUGGAACAAGUGUCAUCUGGACUCAUCACUGACUGAAAUAACAUUUGUAAAAAGCAGAAAAUCGGUGUUAUUAAGCAAUUUUAUACAUAUUCCUCAUGUUAAACUCAACUUAAAAGGGUAUUUUUUACUGACUAAAGAAUUGCAGAAAUACUAUGUUACUGUGACUGUGAUCAUUUGAACCUUUACUACAACAUUGAUUACAAUUUGUAGUAAAAGUAUCCCAUUUAUCCAAUAAUAUUUCUAUUUGAAUAUGAACAAUAUAUCACCCCUAUAUACAGUAUGUGCGUGCGUGUGCCCGCGUGUGUGUUUACACUCUGAAGUGUAAUGUAAAGCUGUUAAGAAAUUUGUUUGACAUUUUGUUUGAAGUAUUGGCUUUCAUCAUAUUUAGUGUUGUACUCCGAUCUAUGCUCGUCUGUCUAAGUAUCUUUGUUCAUUUUCAGUUAACUGUGUCUUAUUUUGCUGAACACGUUGUGGGAAUACAACUUCUGCUUUAUUAUAAAAAGACAAUAGCUUAAGAUGGCACAUACUCUAACCAACUGAUGUGUUUCCAUUGGCUUGGCUUGUUUGUACACAAUAAACUUAGACCAGCACUUUUUUAAAAAAUUGUUUGUUUGUUUAUAUGAAUAUGAAGGUAUUGACAUAGUUUAUACAAACAUUUGCAGACUAAGCAAGCUGAAUUUCCCCCAUGCGCUUCAUCCCAUUUACAGAAAACACCGAUUUUGGAGCAUAACAUGUUUUCAAGCAUUACUAUAAGAGGCUCUUUUGAAUGUAAUGGGCUUCACAGUGUUAUUCUGGGAGAAUACACAUCCCUCUUAGAAUUACUAUCACCUGGCUUUCCUGGAUACAAUCGUAGAUUAAUAUCAAUGGGCUUAUUUUUAAAGAUUUGUUUGGAACUCAGUGGUCGUCUUGUCAAAAUAAUACAUCAUCUUUAUAAUGAGUCAGAUGUGGCUAGAUGGCCAAUCUUAUUAAAUUGUAUUACAUACAGUAUCAACAGGAUUCUUCAACCGCAAACCAAGAAAAACAUGAAUCUUACAUUUUGGGCAUCGGCAGGGCAAUAGUCCAUUUUGACUGGGCCCAGUGGAGAUCAGAUGUUAUUAUGAUACAUUUGUAGCUGUAUGAUGGUCAUGGGCUGUAAAGGAGGAAAGCCAAGGAAGAUAAAGAGGGUACAGGCACACUCCAAAAAGACAGUGUGUUGUUUGCUCCUGCUGCACACUGGGAACAUUGUAAGGGCUUUGACAUCAACUGGGUCAGUGAUGAAGGGAGAGCAGCAGCUGGACCCAGCCCUCAAUGUCCCCUUGUUAGUCUACUUCCUCAAUGUCAGUCCAGUGGCAUUUACAUGGUCUGCUUUUUGUUUUGCUCCUUUGUCUGUAUAUUCUUCAUAUCUCUAUGUUUUCUGAAGAGUCAAACGCACCCACCAGCCAGCGUCUGCUUUAACUGACCAUAUGGCGACCUUUACGUGCCUCAGACAGGCAGCACAGAUACUAUGCAGACCAUGAAUAGCCUGGCCAAUGAGAGAGAAUGAACUGGCCAUGCAGCGGCCCACAAACUGAAUACAUUUCCAACAGGCAUCCAGCACACAUGAUGAUCACGCUUACAGUGGGGUCUGAAAUUAUUGACACCCUUGAUAAAGAUGAGCAAUAAUGACUGCAUAAAGUAAUUCAAAUAGUGAGCUAUGUUGUAUGCUCAAAAACAUUGGGAAAUGAUAUAUUAUACUAAUACAAUUGAUCAAAGAGUCUUUGUGUUUUGUGUGAACUUGGUAUGCA